CUCCGCGCUAAGGUAACGUGGUCGCUCCGUGUGUUUGAGGCUCACCUCUAAACCUUUACUUUACGGCCCAUUUUUGGUACUUCGCUAUUAUAAAUUCGCCAUGUCUUCUCACCUGCAGUGGAUGGUUAUUCGUAACUGCUCCAGCUUCCUCAUCAAGAGGAACGGACAGACCUACAGCACCGAGCCAAACAACCUGAAGUCCAAGAACUCGUUCCGCUUCAAUGGCCUGGUGCACAGGAAGACUGUGGGUGUGCAGCCGGCUGCUGACGGCAAAGGAAUCAUGGUUGUCCUGAAGAAGCGUGCAGGUCAACGCAAGCCUGUCAGCACAUACGAGAAGAUCACCAUUAACAAGAACUCCCGUGCCACCCUGAGCAGUGUCAGGCACAUCAUCGGCAAGAACAACUACAGGAGAGACCUUCGCAUGGUGAGCGACUCCACACUUGGCCAAUAUUAGGAUAUGGGUGGUCCU